GUAACCAUGAAGUGAUCUUGAUCCAUUCUUUUUAUUAACUGUAUCUUUCACUCUCUCCAAGCCUUCACUUUGCACAAUAGAGAAUGGCAAAAGAAGAAAAGAAGAAAGAGAUUGAAGUGAUCACAGCUAUUUACAAAGUUAACCUGCAUUGCAAGGAAUGUGGGAACAAGAUCAAGAGGCAUCUCAUGAUUACCGAAGGGGUACAAAGUGUGGACAUAGAAUUUGAGAAGGGAGAAAUUAAAGCAAAGGGGAAAAUAGACCCUUUGAAAAUUUUGAAGCUUAUAGAGAAGAAGAGCAACAAAAAAGUUGAAUUAAUAUCACCAAAAGUGAAGCCUAAAGAGAAUACUACUACGGAUACAAAGCCAAAGGAAAUCAAAGAUCCAAUUAUCCGCAUUAUCUCUUUGAAGGUUCACAUGCAUUGUGACAAAUGUGAGGCUGACCUAAAGAGUAGAUUAAUAAAGCACAAAGGUAUUUUCAAUGUUAAAACCGACCAGAAAGCCCAAAGUGUGACAGUUGAAGGUACCAUUGAAGUGGAGAAAUUGAUGUCAUUUUUGAGAAAAAAGGGGCAUAAAAAUUCUGAGAUAAUUUCCAUAAAGGAAGAGAAGAAGGGGAAAGAGGAAGGGAAGUCUUCUUCAGAAAGCACCAAAGAGAAGGAUCAUGGUGAAUCAACCAAGAAAAAAGAUGAUAACAAAGAUAAAGAAGUCAAGUCUUCUGGUGAAUCAACCAAGGAAAAAAAAGGAGAUACCAAGGAUAAUGUUCCUUAUAUCAUUCACUAUGUUUAUGCCCCCCAACUUUUCAGCGAUGAGAAUCCAAAUUCAUGUUCUAUUUUAUGAUUCGCCUAAAAUUAUCAAAAUAAGCAAAUAAAGGGAUAUUUAAAUUUUAAUAAUUUAAUCAUUAAACCUCUCCUCUCUCCUCAUAUGUAUAGAAAUGAUUUAUUUAUUUCAGGAGUAAGUUUAUAUGAA